CCAGAGAGGGCACCGAUCUGUGCUGUGAGCUCCUUUCUACAGGAGAACUGUUCCCUCCCUCCCAAGGCACACGGAUUUCUGCUUGAAAGCGGCCCUACCUCCCUGUUCAGCGUUCCAACUGGAUACAACUUGGAAGGACCAUGGCGACCUACGUUCUUCAAAUGGCUGCACUGGUGCUUGGUGGUGUUGGCAUGGUGGGCACAGUGGCCGUGACUAUCAUGCCUCAGUGGAGAGUGUCUGCCUUCAUCGAAAGUAACAUUGUGGUUUUUGAGAACCGCUGGGAAGGUUUGUGGAUGAACUGCAUGAGACAUGCCAACAUCAGAAUGCAGUGCAAGGUCUACGACUCCCUGCUGGCUCUUAGUCCAGACCUCCAGGCAUCCAGAGGACUGAUGUGUGCUGCGUCCGUCCUGUCUUUCUUGGCUUUCAUGACAGCCAUCCUUGGAAUGAAGUGCACCAGGUGCACAGGGGACGAUGAGAACGUGAAGAGCCGCAUCUUGCUGACAGCCGGAAUCAUUUUUGUCAUCACCGGCUUCGUUGUGCUCAUUCCUGUCAGCUGGGUUGCCAAUUCCAUCAUCAGAGACUUCUACAACCCACUGGUGGACGUGGCCCUAAAGCGUGAGCUUGGAGAAGCCCUCUACAUAGGCUGGACCACAGCGCUGGUGCUGAUCGCUGGAGGAGCACUGUUCUGUUGCGUGUUUUGUUGUACUGAAAGGAACAGCAGUUACAGGUACUCAGUACCAUCCCAUCGCACCACUCAAAAGAGUUUCCACGUCGAAAAGAGAUCUCCGAGCAUCUACUCCAAAAGUCAGUAUGUGUAGAUGUGUGUGUAUUUUAACUGUAGCUAUAAAGCUAAGCUUUAUAAAUCACCAAACCAGCCACUAUAUUAGAGAAAGGGAGCCAACAGUGUAUCCAUUUACCUAGCACUCAUUGGAGGAAAUAUGCAGCGACUAUUAUUCCAUAACUGAUUUUAGCAGAAUGAGGUAUUAUGUGUGCUGCUUCAAUUGUUCUAGAAAGUGUAGCCAUUUGUUUUCUAAAAUGAUUCAGGAAGCUCCUCCUUUUAUCAGUCACUCUAAACCAGCACAUCAAAAGACUGUUGGUUUAAGCUGUGAUUUCUCUGUGUCAUGGCAUUAUACAAGUAGAUGCGGGUGGCGGUUAUAUCUCACACAAAUAGAGACAGGCUUAUGUGGUUCUAUUUAAAGUGAAAUGCCAAUCCAUCACGCUGAAUAAAUAGAACUCAGCUAUUGCAUUUCAGGGGAACUGGGGAUAAAAGGGAAGAAGGCUGAUAUUAAUUGCUUAAAAACAGCUUAAGGAUUAGUGCACUCUAUUUAUAGCGAAGGUUAAAAUGAAGGCUUUAAUCAUUAGUGUAAGGAAAACUGAAUGGCUUUCUGAUAUCCUGCUUUGCAGCCUCGAGGAGUUAGGAAUUCAGUCACCUUUAUCCUCUCCCUCCACAGGCCACCGUUUUUGUUGCAUAGUAUCUUUUAGCGUUUAAAGCAGAUGUUUUGGCAAAAUAUUUUUUUUCUUUCAGACUGCUUUUGUAAGGCUGUACUAACAAGACAAAUAAAGCAGUGGUCUUAGAAAAAUUAACAAUUUCAGAAAAAUGAGUUUGCCUUAGCCUUUCUGUUGAGAGAAGAAUGUAUUGUUUUUGAAAUGAAGUCAUGCCAUGUAAGGGACUAUCCAAGUGAUAUUUGUGCUUAGCUUUUUGGGAAUUUAUCAGUGUAAAUAGGGGGGUGGGGGAGAGACCGUUUUGAUUGUCAUUUUCUUACCCCCAAAAGGCACAACUCCUCCAACCAAAAACUGUGUCCUCUUUCAACUCCUGUCACUAAAAGUUGUCAUUUCUGUUCUGUUGAAAGUGAUUUCCCCAUUUUCUAUGUCUUUGCUAAGUUUUAUUGAAGAGGUGGCAUUACUGAGUGUUUCCUCCUAAUUUGAGAAAACUGUUAAUAUAAUACUAAGUUUCAUAUAUUGACUUUGAUAUUGAUAAGUUGUAUCUUUUAUAACAAUAUAACAUUUCUUACACUUACAUUCUGUUUUAUUACUCUGUACAAGUGUAUAAAACUUGGUAUUGACAAUUUAUGUUUGAACAUAGACUUUGUGUUCAUUUUUGAGUGCAGUGUAAGAUUUAAAAUCAAUUUACUUUAUAAUGACCUCAAACAUGCACUAAUAUUUGAUUAGUAUGUUCAUAAUAUUAAGUUGUACUUAGGUCCAAUGAAAUGUCUGUUGUAAAUAUUGUGUAUGUAAUCAUUUUUUAAAAAUUUGUCCAUACGUAUUUCCACUUGUGAGAAUUCAUAUGAAUUAAAAACAAUGCUGAAUGAUUUAGGAGUAUAUAUCAUGUUUAUGUGAAGUAUAUUAUUAAACCUUUGCAAUACU